CAUGAGUACACCUAACAAACUUCGUAUAUUAUGUCUUCAUGGAAUGGUUCAGAAUGGCCCAGUGUUUCGCAAGAAAACGGCCGUGAUUCGUAAAAAGCUCGACAAGAUUGCUGAAUUAAUAUAUGUUACCGCGCCUCAUUUAAUUGUUGAUCCGCGCUAUACAUCCGAUGCACAUAGAGAAGCUGCUGCCGAUGAGCAUGCACCUGAAGAGUCUAAACCGUUUGGAUGGUGGCACCCAACUCCAAGUGGUGCAACGCCUGAAGGCUACUAUCAAGGAUUUCGGGAAUCAGUUGAUUAUUUAAAAAAUAUACUUAUUGAGCAGGGACCUUUCGACGGUGUUUUUGGUUUCUCGCAAGGCGCUGGUCUUGCUGCUGUCAUGUCUGAGCUACUUGAGAACCGUGGUGUGAUGCCUAGUCUGGUUUCUAAAGACUUUGGUCACCCUGCCUUCAAAUUUGCUAUAAUAUGUGCUGGAUUUAAGCUAAUUUCUCAAGAGGCCACCCAGUCCUUAUUCUCUGUUCCAAUUAAUACGCCAAGCAUGCAUAUUUAUGGAGAACAAGAUACACUUAUAGUCCCAGAAAAGGCUAUUGCUUUGUCAGAGUUAUUUGUUAAUCCAGUUAUACUUACGCAUCCGGGAGGUCACGUUGUUCCUUCAAAUGCUGCGUGCCGCAAUGAGAUUACAGCUUUUGUGACCAAAUUUGCUACUACUUCUUAGAAAAUUUAUAUAUAUAUAUAUCAAUACACACACACAUAUAUAUAUACUUGUGUUUUUAGAUGUAUCCGCUUGUAUAUGUGUAUGAGUAUGUGUAUGUGUAUGUGUAUGUAUGUGUAUAUAAUAUACUCUUUUUCAGUGU